AAUGAAAAGCAAAACAACUCGAGAUAUUUCAAGUUUUUUUACUAUAAAAGUGCCUACUCUAAAUCCUCCUCCUCCACAAAAUGAUAUUCCUCCUCCACAAAAUGAUCUACCUUCUCAAGAAAGUGAACCAAAUCCUCCUUCACUACAAGAAAAUGAACAAAAUUCCCAAGAAAGUGAACCAAAUACUACUUUACAUCAUGCUUUGACUAUUUUUUGAUAUUAUGGGACAACCUAUUAAUCAAAUCCUAGAUCUGCCACUGAAUGUGGCAAUAUAUUGGUCUAAUAUGUUUUUUUAAGGUUAUUUUGACAUUUGACUAACUAACAAAGUAGUGUAACAAAGAAAAAAUAAGGAACUUGUUCAAAAGUGGUGUUACAGAACCUCAUCCACAAAUCUCCAUUUUACUUCAAUUCACAGUUUACACGCAACAGAGCUGCACCGUUGCUAGAACACUACUGAGGCCCUGCUGCCACAGAUGGCUGCUUGUGUUUCUCCAAAUUUGGUCAGUGGUCAGAGAUUCUCUCCUAUUGGUAAUUUCAAACACUCUUCUCAGAUUCUCUACAAAUCCCCUAGGCCAUUUCUACUCAGACCCCGAAGACUGCCAUCGAUUGCGUGCCAAGCCGACCCUACUCCCUCAGAUUCUUCUCCUGUAACGGAGAAGCCACCUGCUGAAACUAAUUCAGUCAAUGAGGAAUCAGGUCAAGUUGUGACUUCUUCCACUGGUGCUAGCCUUCCUGAACUUCCAACCAAAGAAGUGAACAAGAGAAUAGCUGUGUUAUCCACUGUUGCGGCUUUAGGGCUUUUCUUAUCAGCGCGUUUAGAUUUUGGCGUUUCAUUAAGAGACCUCACUGCCUUGGCAUUGCCUUAUGAAGAGGCUUUAUCAAAUGGAAAACCAACAGUUGUGGAGUUCUACGCAGAUUGGUGUGAAGUAUGUAGGGAACUAGCACCAGAGGUAUACAAAGUUGAGCAACAGUACAGGGAUCGUGUUAACUUUGUGAUGCUGAAUGUUGACAACACAAAGUGGGAGCAGGAGAUAGAUGAAUUUGGUGUUGAGGGCAUCCCACAUUUUGCAUUCUUGGACAAGGAUGGCAAUGAGGAGGGGAAUGUGGUCGGAAGGCUUCCUGGACAAUACUUGGUGGAAAAUGUGGACGCUCUAGCAUGUGGUAGAGAAUCUAUUCCUCAUGCUCGUGUUGUUGGGCAGUAUUCAAAUGCAGAGGCUAGAAGGGUUCACCAAGUUGCUGAUCCUAGAAGCCACGGAUAAAUUUUGCCAUGAUGAAUAUUAUUGAUAUUGUACUAUAUCAUUGUACAUCCAUGAGGUACUAUUAUACAAGUAUUGUAGAUUAUACAUCCGCUAGUUCCAUUAAAUGUUUAUAUGGGAUCUGUAAAAAUUUGCAUUAGCAAGAUAGUUUUAUUUUAUUAACACUUCCCCCUCACAGAAGUAUACUUGGUUAGAAA